GCGCCGGAUACAGGCGUCACACGGCUGCAGUCAGGUGAGAGGGGUCUCGGGGGCAUCCCCGGGAUUGGAGUCUAGAGCUCCCCACAGACAGACAUAGAGCAUGGAGAAUGAUGAAUUUCCGCCAGAGGAUGGGAUGGAUCGGCGUCGGCCUCUACCUCUUUUUGAGCGCUGCUGCCUUUUACUAUGUCUUUGAAAUCAAUGACACCUACAACAGACUGGCCCUGGAACAUGUGCAGGUAAAGCCUCAGGAGUCUCUGAGCCGGACCUCGUGGGCGCUCUCCCUGAAAGCGCGUCUGCUCUCCCUGCCGUUCUGGGUCUGGGCCGCCCUCUUUCUUAUACCCUAUUUCCAGGUGUUCCUCUUCCUCUACUCGUGCACGAGAGCCGACCCGAAGACCGUGGGCUACUGUAUAAUCCCCAUCUGCGUGGCCGUCAUCUGCAAUCGCCACCAGUCCUUCGUGAAAGCCUCCAAUCAGAUCAGCCGCUUGCAGCUGAUAGACACUUAGAUCUCGCCGAGCAAGAAGUAUCAUAUCGCCCGGGAAACGGACAUUGACUGCUUUUUUCCUUUUAUUUUUAACUCCUUUUCUGCUGGUUGGGCCAGCAAAGCAAUGCUGUUUCCAGGGCCGGCUGUCCGUCCGUCCGUUCUCGUGGGGCCUUCGGACUCUUUGGGGUUUUAUUGGAAUUAUUUCCCUUUGCUGCGUCACAGGAAGCCUUAACGAUUAAUGUAUUUAAACCUCAUCCAAAAAACCCCACGGAGCGGGGGUCCCGGGAUGCCUCUAUGCACUGCCUUGCUAUAAACCUUUUGCGGGAUUUAAAAUAAUUUAAUCCAA